CGGUAAAAUUCCAGCAGAAAAGGCGCAAGAAGAAAUCGAAGACAGUUUUGAAAACAAACCGUUCCGCGGUAGAAUUCGUUAAAAACAGUUUAAUUUUAUAAAUUUGUGCUUAUUUUAAAAGAAAAACUAAACACAUUGACGAUAUUUUCGAUAUGGAGGAUGACCUGAAUUACCUUUCUGGCAGAAUUAUCGACAACUUGGAUAAAUUCAACCGCAUCCUGAAAUCCGCCAGCCUGGAAUCAAAACUGCUCACCGAUCCGGAUCUUCCCGAUCGUUUGCUGAAACUGUCCCAACAAGAAUGGACCGCCACCUCGGACCCACGUUCCGCAGACCCAUCAGAUCGCCUCACUGCCGACGAUCUGGAUGCCAUAUUCAGUAAAAUUCGACAUCGCCCGGCUGGGGGAACAUCUAGCCGCGGAGUCAACCGUGUUCCGUCACAGAAGAAAGCCGUUCCGUUGCAGCAGUCACGAAUCCUUAAUGAAACCAAUCUGGCCAGUAGUCCAUCCGGGUCGUUAACCGAUUUGAGCGACAGUGGUGGCAGUAAACGAAUCAUUGACGUGGAAGCGCUGGUCAAAUCCUUGAAGCACUCGAUCCAGGCAAUGGGACAGAUCGAGAAUCAGCCACUGGAAGCGAUCGAUUUUGAACGGGUCGAAAGGUACAACCGGAGGGAAUGCGUUAAGGUGCGGGAUGCCAUUCGGGAUGUGGAACUGAUGGUGCAAGACCUGGAACGGUAUGUGGCAAGCGUGCGAGGUGAUGACGGAGAUCGAAAGGAACUUGUCAGCGACAUUCUGGUGUCGCGAUUAAGGGAUUUGUCAGAGACAAUGUCCCAGGUGAUAUUUAUCAAAAACAACGAAUACAUUCCGGAUAUGAAUCAAUGGACUGCCCUCGGGUCGUUUCCGCUGGCAGAGUGCUUGGACGAUGUGAACGAGAACAUAAGACGAAAAAAGCUCUAUCAAUGAAGGUUCACGAAAUAUAAGCUCAGCUCAGAAAAAAGGAAUCAAAUUCUCAUUUAUAUUCCAGGGAAAUACUUUUUUUUCGCAUUGGAAAUGAAGCUCAUGAUCGUGACAAUAUGCAAUCUUUGCAGCAUCGUUUACGCCACCUAGUGAACCUGUCACAAACUAUAUUAUCCUCUAUGAGCAAGGUAU